UCUAGUCAGAGGUUGAGAGAGAGAGCGAGGAAGAGAGAGGCCAGAGCCGUCUGCUUGCCUGUGAUUUGUUGCUAUUCCUCAUAAUUGGAUCAAGUACGAACUUGUUCAGCUGUAUGCUUUGUGUUCGGACUGGGAGCAGCCUGGGAAGAGUGCGUGGACAUACCAAACAGAGCGAGACCGAGUGAGUGGGAGAGAGAGAAAAAGAGAGAGAGAGGCUAAAGGGGAGAGGAGGGGUGUGGAGAGGAAGAAAAGGGGAAUAUCCUGACUUGGCAAUCCUUCCGCAUUGUGCGUCUCUCUCUCUCUCUCUCCGCUAAUGAUCUGUUUCUCUGGACCUGCUGAGAUGAUUCCUCCCCUCUCGGCUGCUGCUUGAACACCACAGACAGACAGCAUGUCACUCCUGCCACCGCAGUGCCUGCUUGAUCUGUCCCAGCCGCUAGAGCCGCAUCCUGCCCGUAGCGUUUACACAGCAGCUGGCUCCACUCUUCAAGUCCUCAGUUGAGUGAGCGCCUACUGAUUCCACCCAGCGAACUGCACUGAACUCAACUGGAUCAUGUCUUCUGGGCUACUUUUGUUGUGCGUCUAAGCUGAGCUGAAUCUGAUGCUUCUAUUUCGGGACUUGUUUUGUGAACACAUUUCCCAUGAGAAUGCUGAGAGAGUGAACCUGUGAAGAUAUCUUUCUCCCUGUCACGUAAGUCUUAUCGGUUUAUCUACCAGACGUUAACAAGGUAAACCCCGCAAGGCUCUGAAAAGCAUCCUCCUUCAUCUCACCCAACCCCCACCAUGGUGAUCUGAUAAUGGACAACACACUUUACAGUACCCGCCGCAGCCAGCUGCUGUGUGCUUUGAGUUGAGUCCAGAGAUCCUUCUGUCUGAGAGAGAGAGAGGGAGGAUGGCGGAGAGUGUGGAGGCGGAGGACUCCUCCGCCGGGCUGGUUGUCCCUCUCGGAUCAGCGUCCCUUACCCACUCCUGCACCGAUCCUAGACGAGCCCCAGAGAAGGCGCCGGAGGGGGCUGCGGCAGGUGGAGAGGGCGGGGAAGAGGGCACCGAGGGAGGCGGUGACAAUUGCGAUGGAGGUCAAGCCGGGCCCCUGGGAUUAUUGGGCUUGGCAGGGACCUGCUGCGUGUGCAUAGAGAUGGAACAGGUGCGCAGUUGCCUGCGCUCGGAGAAGAUCUGCAUCCUCCCCAUCCUGGCCUGCCUGCUCAGCCUGGCCCUCUGCACUGCCGGCCUCAAGUGGGUCUUUGUGGACAAAAUCUUUGAGUAUGAGCCGCCCACCCACCUGGACCCUGAUCGCAUGGAACAAAACCCCUUCAUCAUCAUUUCUGACCCCACACAGGAUCUGCCAGUGUCAUUUCCCCACCCCUCCCUUGUCCCAAUGCCGACGACCACCACCACAGGACAACCUGAGGUCAUAGUAGAGGGGAAACCCACCAGAGGACCCUUUGUACCCCAGUCCCCCAGAGUGACUCAGUACACCCCUACUUCUGCAUUGACGUACCGCACAGACCCGCCCACGCAACCUGGACCCCCUAACACCCCAAAACCAGUGAACAAGGGGACACCAAACCCCUACACCCAAACUACUGUGGAAUCUAAUGACGUUAUUCUCCCUAAAUUCUCUGCCACCAGCACCACCGCUGUGGUGAAGACCUCCAGCCACAUGACGCGCUGUCGUGACAGCCAGAAAAACUACUGCGUAAAUGGCGGGGAGUGCUUCACCCUGGACAUCACCCCUGGCAGGUCCAAGUUCCUCUGCAGGUGUCCAAAUGAAUUUACUGGUGAUCGCUGUCAAAACUACGUAAUGGCCAGCUUCUACAAAGCUGAGGAGCUGUAUCAGAAACGUGUAUUAACAAUAACAGGAAUCUGCAUUGCACUCCUAGUGGUUGGAAUCAUGUGUGUGGUUGCCUACUGCAAAACAAAAAAGCAGAGGAAAAAGCUCCAUCAUCUUCUGAGGCAGAGCCUACGAAAUGAGAGAAACACCAUGGCUAGUAUGGCUAAUGGACCUCCGAUUUAUAACCCUUCCCUUGAAAACGUCCAGUUUGUCAAUCAUCUACUCGUGAAGGAAACGGAAAUGCCUUUCUCCACGAGCCAGUACACAUCAUCAGUGCAUCAAUCCACAACGGUCACCCACACCUCCAGUCAAAGCUGGAGCAACUGCCGCAGCGAGUGUGCCUUCUCUCACAGCUGCUCUGUCUUGGUGAUGUCAUCAACGGAGAACAGCCGGCACGCCACGCCCAUCCACCGGGGUCGUUUGGACGCCACGGGCGGCGCCAGAGACCUGAAGAACACCCGAGACACGCCAGACUCCUCCAGGGACUCACCGUUCAGAGACAGGUAUGUAUCAGCAAUGACCACCCCAACACGCCUGUCUCCUGUGGAGUUGCUCUCUCCCGUGACCCCGGCCUCCCCUCCUUCUGAGAUCUCGGCCCCACUGUCCAGCUUGGCCACCUCAGUCCCCUCGGUGGCAGUCAGCCCCUCUGGCGAAGAGGAGCACCCCCUGCUGUUCACCACCACGCUGUGGCCCCGUGACAAGCCGCCGCGCCCCGACCACCACCACAGCCAGUCCAAAAGGAACUCUGCCCACUACAAUUAUGGCCACAAGGCCCACAGCCCCCCGCCCAGCCCGCUGAGGAUUGUCGAGAACGACAAAUGCGAGACCACGCAGGAGUACGAGGCAGUCGCCGCCACGGUUGUGGUACCAACCUUCCCCCCGCAAAGCCUACCGAAAAAACUCACAAACAGCAACAAUGGCCGCCGUGCCAAUAGCACAAAGCUCAACGGCCACACAACGGGCCACGAAACGGAGUCCAACGAGCGAGUCAGCAGUACGGCGAGGAGCAGCUCGGAGAGCGACAUGGAGGAGUCCUAUUGCGUGGGAGAGGACACGCCCUUCCUGAGCUUACAGGAUUCCAUGGCUGCGGGUGUGGAGCCGCUCACAGACAUUUGCAGAACUUACCCAGCACUCCGACUCUCCCCGCAGGAUGACCUGCAAGCCAGGUUAUCCAGCAUCAUCGCCAACCAAGAUCCAAUUGCUGUAUAAUGUCAAAAAUUUAAAAUAUCGCUUAGAAAAAUACUUAUGUCAGAUUCAAAAAUAAAUAAGUCACUACUCAACUUUUAUUUUCUAUAAAUUAAAUAUUUGCACAAAAAAAAAGAAAACAUUUAUUUUAGCGAAGUAGUGAAUAAAGUAUUUUAUAAAUAAAUAGAAAUGUGUACAAACAUGCUCAUGUCAUGAAAGAAAGUGCCAUACAAUACUAUAUACCAAUGGUUCAGAGUAUUUCAAUGGAGAAAGAUAUCAAUGGUGCCUUUAAUUUCCAUUUGGUGUGCUUAAGGGAACUGCAUCACGACUCUGGUCCAUAUAUUCAUCAUUUCCAUCUCGCUGUUGGCAUUUCUACCUGACCCUUAAAACAAAAGAAACCACCAGCACUAUGCAUUACCUAAAAUGACCUGUAUGAACUACUCACUGUAAGCUCAAUACACUGGUGUUCUACUGAAUCUGCGGUGUUGCUUAUGUGUUCAAGUGCAUGUCAUUUCUCCUCAUUCACAGUAAUGCAGUCAUAGCCUACUAAACAAGGUGCAUACAACAAAGUAUUUAGUGUUUACCUAACACAGCACCAAAAUAUUAUACAGGAUUUCAAGAUUUCCCCCCACUCACUUUUGGUUGACUCAAAUGGUCAAAUAAAAUUGGAUUUGUAUUUUUUUAUGCUUUUCUUGGCCCGUUAGCUAAUAACACAUUCAUUACCAAGUCAAUCACCUAGGAAGAAUGUUGAAUGUGUAAUCUGACUAACAUGAUGAAAUAUUUGUAUGAACAUAACAAGAUUCAACAACUGAGACACAAACUGAACAAGUUCUACAGACAUGUGACUAACAGAAAUGGAAUAAUGUGUCCCUGAACAAAGGGGGGGGGGGGGGGGAUCAAAAGCUGCAUUAAGUACUGCAGUGGAUCUCCUCCUCAUGGACUGCACCAGAUUUGCCAGUUCUUGCUGUGAGAUGUUACCAACACUCUUCCACCAAGGCACCUGCAAGUUCCUGGACAAUUCUGGGGGGAAUGGCCCUAGCCCUCACCCUCCGAUCCAACAGGUCCCAGACGUGCUCAAUGGGAUUGAGGAGGGUCAUGUCAGGGUGAGCCUGCAGGAAGGGUACCACAUGAGGGAGGAGGAUGUCUUCCCUGUAACGCACAGCAUUGAGAUUGCCUGCAAUGACAACUUCUCAGUCCGAUGGUGCUGUGACACACCGGCCCAGACCAUGACGGACCCUCCACCUCCAAAUCUAUCCCGCUCCAGUGUACAGGUCUCGGUGUAACGCUCAUUCCUUUGACGAUAAACGCAAAUCCAACCAUCACCCUUGGUGAGACAAAACCGCGACUCGUCAGUGAAGAGCACUUUUGGCAGUCCUGUCUGGUCCAGCGACGGUGGGUUUGUGCCCAUAGGCGACGUUGUUGCCGGUGAUGUCUGGUGAGGACCUGCCUUACAACAGGCCUACAAGCUCUCAGUCCAGCCUCUCUCAGCCUAUUGUGGACAGUCUGAGCACUGAUGGGGGGAUUGUGCAUUCCUGGUGUAAUUUGGGCAGUUGUUGUUGCCAUCCUGUACCUGUCCCGCAGGUGUGAUGUUCGGAUGUACCGAUCCUGUGCAGGUGUUGUUACACGUGGUCUGCCACUGCAAGGACGAUCAGCUGUCCAUCCUGUCUCCCUGUAGCGCUGUCUUAGGCGUCUCACAGUACGGACAUUGCAAUUUAUUGCCCUGGCCACAUCUGCAGUCCUCAUGCCUCCUUGCAGCAUGCUUAAGGCACGUUCAUGCAGAUGAGCAGGGACCCUGGGCAUCUUUCUUUUGGUGUUUUUCAGAGUCAGUAGAAAGGCCUCUUUAGUGUCCUAAGUUUUCAUAACUGUGACCUUAAUUGCCUACCAUCUGUAAGCUGCUUGUGUCUUAACAACCGUUCCACAGGUGCAUGUUCAUUCACUGUUUAUGGUUCAUUGAACAAGCAUGGGAAACAGUGUUUAAACCCUUUACAAUGAAGAUCUGUGAAGUUAUUUGGAGUUUUACGAAUUAUCUUUGAAAGACAGGGUCCUGAAAAAGGGACAUUUAUUUUUUUGCUGAGUUUAGAAGAAUUCAUAAAAUGGGUAACGGUUAGUAUCUUGGGAUAUUUACUGAAUGCACUAUGUAUAUCCUUGCCAUUAUUCUGUGUGUUGCGUUCUUUAUAAUAGAUGUAUUUAGUAAUCUCUGGUUAAGCAAUACUAGCAGUACGAUUCUUGCUCUCACUAUAGUCACAUCUCAUGACUUGCAAGUCCAAAUUGUAGAGAUAUGUACUGAAUGAAUGAUUGAAUAUAUGACUCAGUCUUUCAAAAACACAUCUGUGGGUAGUGCAUUCUGGGGAUCAAAGAUAAAGCACCAAUAUGAAAAAAGGUACAUAGCGAAAGCUUUUUCAUAUGUUUCAAUUGUGUUUUAGUAUGCUCGUCAAUUUCUGCAUUUUUGUCCUUCUAAACAUUGUUGAUAAUGUAAACAUUUUAGAUGUUACAUUAUCCAAUCUGUUCUUUUGUGUGAAUACAGUACAUAUUUGUUUUCAACUGUCCGCCUUUGUGUUAUCUCUGUGUAAUAUCAUCGACUUUAACAUAUUUUAUUACAUCAUAUUUAUGAUAUAUCGCAAGGAUACAUUUAGGAGUCAUGCUAGACAGGAACCACAUGAGAUAUGGGUCGAAUGAGUAUGCAUGGCCUGCCGAAGACAGAAUAAUUUAUCACUAUAAUGAAUAGGUAACUAGACAAAUUUUCUUUACUACAUGAUCACUUUUGGGACUUCAUAACCAACCCGUAAAGAUUCAUAGUUUCCAAAUGGUAAUUUCCUCUUAACAAUCGACAGUCUUCAAUCUGCUUGUCGCCAGCAUUAGCAUGACACUAUGGUUUGAAGGCUUCCCCUCCCCCUUAAUUAUAUGUUUGUAAUGAUGAUGAUACAUUUCAGAUUGGGCCAACAGAUUUCUAUUUAUUUAUAUUAUUUAUUUAGUUUUUAUUUAUUUAGUGGUUCUUAUUCUAUCUUUUAAUUACAGAUUACAUAUUUUAAUCAGUGUUUUAUAUAUUUAGUUGGUAUAUAUUUGAAAAGUGUGGAAAUGUUAUAUUUUGAAACCAUUGUGUUUCUCUGUCCCCAUUAUAUAUGUUGUCUUCAAUAUAGGGUCAAACGUCUGUUUGCCUUUAAGCAUUGAUACCGCUAUGUUAUUCAACAUAAAUGAAUUCAAAUUAAAAAAGGCACAAGUACUUUGAGUGUACAUACACACUGAUGAUUAGCUACGUGGCUAGAAACCAGAACAAAGUCUCCCGUCAAUCACAUCUUGAUAUACCCCUUGAUGAAUUGCUUUCAAUUUAUGUAAACACCAUGAAAAUCUUAAGUACUUUUUCAAAAUAAAAAUAUUAAACCAA